AUGACUCAGGUACAGCCGGCAAAAUCGACUGGAGGCGUUCUUCAGAUACCCGUAGCGGCCACCCAGAAAAAUGCCAGUACAGCGCCCAAGAAAGCCCCGAAACCUGCUGCUCCAAGGCUCAAACUCCUCGUGAGGCGUCUACCUCCCGGGUUGACUGAAUCUGAGUUUGAGACUGCACUGGGGGUGGACUGGAAAGUUGGAGCUGGGAAGGUAGACUGGUUCCAGUACAAGCCUGGCAAGAUCUCCAAAGACCCCGCCAAACCUUCUCGACCUUCCCGUGCAUACAUUCAUGUUGUUUCCAGUGAUUAUAUUGCACCUCUUUCUGAAAAGGUGCAACGGACCCCAUUCGUCGAUGUCCGCAAUACCGUCAACGACCCUGUGCUCCUGGGACCCCCGUCGUUGGAGUUUGCGCCAUUCGCCAAAAUAUCGGGAAGUCGUGUACGGAAGGAUGCUCGUCAGGGAACGAUUGAUCAAGAUCCCGAUUUUAUUGCUUUUCUUGAGAGUCUUACGCAGCCCAUCGCCAAACCAACUACGGUCGAAACUACUGCAGACGAGGGAGAAGAGAAGCAGGAGACGGUGACGGUUACACCUUUGGUGCAAUAUAUCAAAGAGAAGAAGGCUAGUAAGGCAAAAGAGAGCGCUGCUUCUUCCAAGUCUGGCAAACAUAGCAAGGCAGAGAAGGAGGGUAAGCCGGAAAAGGUGCAAACGAAGAAGCUUCUUCAACGAGCCGAUAAAGAAGCUUCUACAGCUCCACCUACAGAAAAGAAGACAAAGGCUGAUAAAGCGACCAAGGAGGCUGUGAAGGCUGCAAACAAGCAGGCUGCUAAUGUUUCGGCCAGAUCGAGUUCAAAGGCAGCGGCGACAACAUCACAGAGUGCUGUGAAGGAUGCAACCCAGAGUGCAGAGCCUGAGAGGAAGAGAGAGCGUGGAAAUAUCAGCGUUGCUGCUAAGAUUUUGCAGCGGGAUUUGGGACUAGCUGUGGGUGGCGGACGUCGGAGGGGUACCAAAGGCUCACCUACAGAUGCCGAUGCUAAGGUAGAGCGGCCUUCUCGUGAGAUGUCUACAGCGUCGGAAUCAACCAAGAGAGAGACACCACCAACGAAGGCAUCGAAACGUUCCACUGCGGCUGCAAAUACGAAGACCAAAGGCAAUGCCACACCGCAGCCAGCAGCUGCGGUAUCCACGGAAGCCAGAGCAACUCCGCCUGUGCCAGCCCAGACACCGGCGCCACCGAAACAGUCGAAAUCUGCAAGGGGCAAACAACCUGCCGCAGCCUCUACAUCACCUACGGCUACUCAAGCGUUUCUCAAGCAUGCCAAUCCGUCGCAGGGAGUCACGGAGAAGUUGCUAGAAACGUCAUUCACACCGUUUGGCAAGAUCCUAAAGGUGGAAAUCGAUAGGAAGAAAGGGUUUGGCUAUAUAGAUUUUGCGGAGCCAGAAGGCCUGCAGAAAGCUAUCGCGGCUAGCCCAGUGUCGGUAGCUCAGAGUCAAGUUGUUGUACUGGAGAGAAAGAUCAAUGCUGGAGCGGAAAGGGCUCGUGGCAAGGGCCGGAGCGAGUCCCAGUCGGCUAACAAUAAUGGUAACAAUGCUCGUGGGGGCAAGACAGGCGGAGGUGAAGCAGCAGCUGGUGGCAAGACAUCGGCAUCCCGAGGGCCACGGGGUGGACGGGGAGCGAAGAAUAAAGGCAGUGGAGGAUCCAAGGGCGGGAACACUGAGAACGGAGGUUCUUAG